UAACAAAUUAAAAUCCAUAUGACAGAGAAGCGAUGUUUUAGUAAAUGACAUUUCAUGCAGGAAAACAAAUGUAUUGAUGAAUUUUAAUAAAAAUACAGAAAAAAACAUAAAAAUUUAGAAAGAGUAAAGAAAAAUAAGUAUAAAUAAUGGAUUUAAAUGAAAAAGUUGAAGAAUUGGUAAGAAUAACGGCUGCCUUGAAAAAUGAAGUCAACGAAUUAAAAGGCAAAGAUGUUUAUAUGCAUUUAGACGAAUUGGAAGAGGAGAAGGAGGCAUUAAAACAUGAUAUACUGGAUUUAAAAAAUUCCUUAAUGCAGCAAAAUGAAAAGAUUUUAUCGUUAAUAAGAAAACAGAAUGACAAACUAGUGGAGACCAUAGAGGCGGACAAGUUAGCACCACAAUUGGUGUUUAGUAAGAAAAUAUCACAAUAUUCUAAAUUAUUUCCCAUUAAAACUCUGGAGGAAUUGGAUGCUUUGGAGGCCUUAAUUAAUGAUAAUAAUGUAAAUGAACUGAUAGCAGUGGUCCACCAACUUUUGGCUCCCCGUGGCAUUAUUAAAAACCUUGUAUCGGUUAUGUCUAUGGAAUGUAUUGUGGAAUGUAAUCUUGAUGGUCUUCAUAAUAAGAGACGUUUAUUAAAUAGCCCAAAAUUUAUGGAUUUACUGUUUCAAGCUGCUAAUUUUGAUGGCUACAAUCAAAAAAUGUUCUUAGAGCAAGUACGUCGUGGUCUUAAAAUGGCCAAAAAUCGUCAUAAUCAAAAUUUAUCUCGUAAUCGUCAACUGGAGCGUCAAAGACUGGAACAACAGAGUGCCACCGACUCGUUUGAGGGUGAAGAGAUAACACCCGAAGCUUUUAUAAAAACAGAAGAGAUAUUUUUUGAAUGAAAUUAUUUUUUUUUUUUAAUUUUUAAGUUUUUUUUUUAA